GUAUACAACUCCUGGGAUCUCCCAGCAUGGAGGCAUGGGAGUCUGAAGCGGUGCCAAAGCGGGUCAACUCCGCGGUGUGGACGCCCCUUCCCUGUUUGGCACGGGGCGGGGCGCGGAGAGUCCGGUUUCGCUUUGUGCCUGGGCGAGGCGAGGAAGCCUCAAGGACGGAGGAGGAGGAGAGGAAGGAGAAGCAGCCCGCAGCGCCCGUGAGCUUCCCAUUUUCGGGCCGCCCUGUGCUGAGGACAAGGAGAGAGAGAGAGAGAGCCUUGAAGGAGACGGAGAAAUAAAAAAUGGCAUUUCAAAAGGCAAUGAAAGGAACUGUACUCGUUGGGGGCGGUGCUGUAGCAACCGUUUUUGCCCUCUCACAACUUUCUCAAUAUAGAAAAAAACACAGUCACCUGGUGUCUGUUGAGGCUUCUGAAUGUAAACCCUUGCAGAUGUAUAGAUCCCUUCCCACCAGAGAGCAUCAACUCCUGGCCCUGCAACAGACCAGUGAAUUUGAUGUCCUUAUCAUAGGCGGAGGUGCUACUGGUAGUGGUUGUGCCUUAGAUGCGGUUACAAGAGGCCUAAAAACAGCCCUUGUAGAAAGAGAUGAUUUCUCAUCAGGGACCAGCAGCAGAAGCACUAAGCUGAUCCACGGAGGAGUGAGAUAUCUUCAGAAGGCCAUCAUGAAGUUGGAUUUUGACCAGUACAGAAUGGUGAAAGAAGCUCUCCAUGAACGUGCCAACUUGCUUGAAAUUGCACCUCAUCUAUCUUCUCCUCUGCCGAUUAUGCUUCCCGUUUACAAAUGGUGGCAGCUGCCAUAUUAUUGGGUGGGAAUUAAACUCUAUGACCUUGUAGCGGGAAGCCAGUGCCUGAAAAGUAGCUAUGUGCUUAGCAAAUCAAAAGCUCUGGAACUCUUUCCUAUGCUGCAGAAGGACAGACUUGUCGGUGCCAUUGUCUAUUAUGAUGGACAACACAACGAUGCACGAAUGAACCUUGCCAUUGCCCUCACUGCUGCCAGGUAUGGUGCUGCCAUAGCCAAUUACACUGAAGUGAUGCACUUGCUGAAGAAGACAGAUCCAAAUAGUGGGAAGAGCCGUGUCUGCGGAGCAAGGUGCAGGGAUGUUCUCACAGGGCAGGAAUUUGAUGUCAACGCCAAAUGUGUUAUCAAUGCUACAGGACCUUUCACAGACUCUGUGCGAAAAAUGGAUGAUCAGGAAGUACUGAACAUCUGUCAACCAAGCGCAGGCGUUCAUAUUGUGAUGCCUGGCUAUUAUAGCCCAGAUAACAUGGGACUCCUGGACCCAUCCACUAGCGAUGGACGAGUGAUUUUCUUCUUGCCCUGGCAAAAGAUGACUAUUGCUGGUACCACAGAUACUGCAACUGAAGUCACACAUCAUCCAAUUCCUACAGAAGAAGACAUCAACUUCAUUUUGACAGAAGUUCGCAACUAUCUGAGUUGUGAUGUGGAAGUGAGGAGAGGAGAUGUUUUAGCUGCAUGGAGUGGGAUUCGUCCCCUUGUAACGGAUCCCAAUUCCAAAGACACUCAGUCCAUCUCCAGGAACCAUGUGGUGCACGUUAGUGACAGUGGACUUGUGACCAUAGCAGGUGGGAAAUGGACAACGUAUCGCUCAAUGGCAGAGGAUACUAUUGAUGCUGCUGUGAAAGCUCAUGGUCUUCGUGCCGGUCCCUGUAAGACUUCAGGACUUCUCCUUCAGGGUGCAGAGGGUUGGAGCCCUACUCUUUAUAUCCGACUGGUUCAGGAUUAUGGACUGGAAAGCGAGGUGGCUCAACAUCUUGCAAAUACAUUUGGGGACAAGGCUUUUGAAGUGGCCAAGUUAGCUCAGGUGACUGGAAAGAGAUGGCCUAUUGUUGGAAAACGUCUUGUGUCAGAAUUUCCUUACAUUGAGUCAGAGAUUGAAUAUGGGAUCCAAGAGUAUGCCUGCUCUGCCGUGGAUAUGAUUGCCCGCCGCACACGUUUGGCUUUCCUGAAUGUGCAAGCAGCUGAUGAAGCCUUGCCAAGAAUUAUUGAGAUCAUGGGGAAGAGGCUAAAAUGGAGUGAACAGAAGAAGAAGGAGCAGCUUGAGGAGGCAAAGAAGUUCCUGUACUAUGAAAUGGGCUACAAGGCAAAGUCAGAGCAAUUGACGGAUCGUAGUGAAAUCACUCUGUCCCCAACGGAUAUUGAAAGAUAUAAAAAGAGGUUCCACAUGUUUGAUAAGGAAAGCAAAGGUUUUAUUACCAUUUUGGAUGUGCAGCGUGUGUUAGAGAGCAUCAACUUUCAAAUUAAUGAAAGUGCACUCCAUGAGAUUUUGAAUGAAGUGGAUUUGAACAAAAACGGGCAGGUUGAACUCAAUGAAUUUUUGCAACUCAUGACCGCUAUUCAGAAAGGAUCUAUUUCUGGAAGCCGGCUAGCAGUACUUAUGAAAGCCGCGGAAGAGAACAUUUCUCGGCGUGAAGUGAUUUCAGUGGAUCGGAGUGGAGGUGGACUGUGAGUUUUGGGAGCUUAGAGCGACAGAAUGGUGUCCCGUGUAGCUGCAUCUCUCGUUGCUGUAAAAACAUUCCAGUGCUUUCAGAUGUCGCUGCUUCUUCUACUCAAACCUGUCUUACGCUGAGCAACUGUGCAGAAAACCACGUCGCUGCAGUUCUCUCUUCCUUCAUGUUUACUGUAAAAGCCCUGCUGCUCUGACUUGUGGCCUACUCAAUGGGCGCAUAUUGUGUCUGCUUUGCACAGAAUCAAUGAUGGACAAGUAUUUGAAGUAAGGAAGAGAGGGAGCUGAGAUAUCUUUUUCUGGGCUAAUUUCACUCUGAUGUCCGGACAGCAGUGAGAACGAUUCAUCUUCUGUGUCUCACAAAGGGGUCCCCACCCUCCUUUUCACAGCUUGCAAACUUGAACUGACGAAAAUAGAAGGUGCCAGCAUGCUUUGUGUGCCAUCUUCUUGGAAGUGUCUUGUGAUAAAUAUUCACCCUUUUCCUAGAACCUUGUUGGGGUUAAUAAUACUUUUAAUCUACAAAACGUGCAUGUCAAACGAGUGAUUUACCAUCAGAAAGAAUAAGAGUACUUCUAUCUAGCAAUUUCUUUUUUUGGGUAGAAUAUUACCCAAAACCAAAAUGAAAGUCCUGCCAAGGAAUAUUUAAAUGCUGCUAGACUUAGUUUUACCAACCUUGGACAUACAGGUAGUUAAGUCUCAUUGAAACUACUAAAAUUUUAAUAACUAUGUUAUGUACACCAGCUGAGUUGAAUUAAUUUCUGAAAAGCACACUGAGGCAGCAUCGGAUUAGAAGCACAUCAUAAGAAUAUCUUGAAACAAACAUGUGCCUAUUAUUCUACCCUGGAAAAAUGUAGUUAGGUGUUUUCCCUUUACUGUUAACUUUAUUUUUGUAGAGGAUUUAACACAUGCAUGCAAAUUGACUGAUCUGUUUGUUCAUCUGUACUAGACGCACAAAACAAUUAAGGUGGAUAACUUUAGGACAUUUGGGACUCUGUUUCUUGCCUAACAUAAAGCAAAGGCAUCUGUGAGCCAUCUUUGAUCCCACUCCAGGAGAAAGGCAGCAUAUAAAUAAAAUUACAUAUAAAAUAAAGGGAAAAAACAUUACCGGUAGAAUUUUUGUCUUGAACAUUUCUAUCAGUUUACUCAAGUUCAUAUUUUGUUCAAGGUAAUGUUCCUGCAAGUUUUCAUAUGGAUAAGAUUUGCAGUCUUGGAAAUUUUAGGCUGAAAUCCUUUCCUACAUUGUUGUUUAGAUUGCUGAGUGACACAAAGAAGAACAUGUCUCAAAGCGAAAUGUGGGAAUUGGUCUAAAAGUGUCACUUCUGCAAGGACCUUAAAUACAGUUGCCAGUCUGAUUAGAGUAGGCCCACUGAAUUAAUUGCUGGAAUGAAUGUCAAUGCUUAUGUAAAUAACAUUGAUUCGGUGGGUCUAAUCAAGUUGGGACAAACAAUUGGGUAUAGCCUGGGGAUUUUGGUUUUGGUCAAAUAUUUUUGUCUGAUCAAUUGUUACACUGUGCUAAUAUUUUACAAACAGUGCUUUUCAACUUGUACUCUUUUUUAAAAAAAAAAACCACUCUAUGCAAAUGUGAAAGGCAUAGAGGCAUGCUAUUGCUAGAAAUAGACACUGGAAUGUAAAAGCAACCCUAUAGCUAAGUUCAGAGGGAGGCAUUUGCAUCUAUAAAUGACAUUUUUAAAUUUUGUCCAAGUUUGAGUAUAUGGAGCUGGGUUCUGAUAAGAAAAAAAAAUACAGCAGUAUUUUCGGGGGUGGGGGGGAUCUUAUGCAAUCCAGAGUGGAUCUUUUUCCUUAUUUGUUUUUGAUAAAAUCAGUAUGCUUCAAAUAUAUAUUUUUUACAAAUUGACAGUGGAAAUGGGGAGGGAGAACAGAGUUCUCUUGCUUCUGCCCCUGCGCAAAUGAUUGUUUGGUGCUGCCAAGACAUAAUGGACUCUUUGUACAUAUCGGGUUUCAUCUCUUUGCAUUAAGAACAGGAAAAUCAGCUCAGAGGGGAGUAAUCAAAAACUAUCUUUCUCGUAUAUUUGAGGUGUUUAAGAAAUGAGUGUUUGUUAUAACUAUUCCCUAAGAAUGUGCCAAUGAUUUUAUUUAACUUUAAACAAAGUGGCAUUUUAAAAUCACCCUCCCCCUUAUAAUGCCAGUGAUUGAGAAGUGUAUGUCCCUCAUCCAUGUGCCCAUCAAUGCACCCAUUUCUUUGACAAGUAAGUUUAACCUGGCAGGGGAUGGUAGUAACUGUUGAAGAGCAAGCCAUGCUUUUGCUUAGUAUGUCUUUCUAAAUAGGCUCCUUCUCCAUGAUAACAGUGAUGUCUAGUUGUGCCUCUUGCUAGCUUUGUUCUUGCUGGUUUCUCUCUUUUUUUUCCUUCUGGUUAAACAGGUGCAGUCAUAUUGUGAAAGUGAAUGUACGUUUGGCUUUUCUUUUGUAAUUUAGAUGCAUGCUCUUCAUUGGGGGUUUGAUCUUUCUGUGCCAUUUCCCCUUGCAUUCUUCUCCUAUAGCAGAAUAAAACACACAUCUCUGUUUUGUAGGGGGAAGUGAAAGAAGUUGUGUGCAUCAUCCUACACCUGCUUGAUUCAGUAAAAUUAAAGACUCAGAAUUAGUUGAUUAAAUGCCACCUUAACCCCCCUCCUUUUUUGUAUCUCUUUGGAAGAUUGUCAUAUAAUGAAUGGUAAAUGCAAAGUCCUCGCAGGAUUGUUUUACAGUGUGUUAAUUGGUGGAAUGCUACUGUAUUGCUGUGUUUUAAAAUGAAAGAAAUUUGACAACAAGGGGCUUUUUGGUAUGUAUACAUGCCGCAUGUUUUUCCAUCCGGCACUUUUACGUAACGUGUUGGGUAUUGUUCAGGAUUGGACUGUUAAAUACUGUGUUUGAGGCCAGAUUGUCAUUUUUAUAACUGUCUUGGUGUUUUAUUGCCAUUAUUUAUUACUUUUGAUAUACAGAAUGAGCUGCAUGCAUUUAUAGAGCAAUAAGAGGAUGUAUUUAAUGUGCCUUGUUUUUAACUGAAUAAGAACUGAAAGCAUGAAUCAAUAAAACUGAUUAAAAUGGUCCACUCACUGGCAUUUUGAUGUUACUGGCAGUUACUGGAAUAAAGUUGAUUAUCCUUGAA